AAACUCCAGGACGGCCCGUCAGUGUAACUUGGAGCGCUGAUGUACUGAGAGACUUUCCAUGAGCUCCAAUUCGCAGAGCCUGCACUUCUGGCGUAAUUUUUACACGCUGCAAGAUUUCGUUCGACCAAUCCUUGUAAAUUCUCUAACGAACUAAGUUGGGUUUCUCGUGAACGACCUGUUUGCUGCAGCUUUGGAGAGAUUGCAACAUGUGUAGAGCCAUAUCCCGGAAUUAAGCUGGCGAUGAAGGCCGCUUUUGAGCUGACCUUGAGCUGUGGAGGGAACUCGUAUUAUGAGUGAGCAGUGGUAACGAUUGCGUGUGUGACGGGUUUUUCGGGGGUUUUUGACGGAAUUAGGGAUGUUGUGUGCGAGUUAGAGCAAUGGGAGGUGAGGGGACGACCAUAGCGGCCGGUCGGCGAUGAAUCUAAUAGAUUAGGGUUUUGGGUAGUGUAGAGGAGGUAGGGAUUCAAUAUGGCGCACGGAGGUUAUGGGAAGAAAAAGAUGGGGAGAGCGGCUCUGGGCAGAGGAGGUGGUGGUGGGGCAGGACGUGGUCGAGGCUUUGGAAAAGUUUCGGGCGGCGUUCGGAAAGAAAACGAGAAGAAGAAGUCGAAGCUUGUGUCGACGAAGAACCAGAUCCGUUCAAUAGAACGUCUUCUGAAAAAGUGCGUUUUGCAGGAAUUACCUCCUGCGGUUAAAGAAGCGCAGCUGAAGCGACUAGAAGAGCUCAAACUUCAGUCGAAUGCACAUGCAACGGCUGAGCUCGAACGCAAGAUGGCUCUCCGCUAUCGAAGGGUGAAGUUUUUUGAGAGAAGAAAGAUUGAGCGAAGAAUCAGACGGUUUGAGAAGCAACAAAGGGCAUUGUUGGACAAUCCUUCGGAAGACAAUGAAACACAGUUGACGACUCUUGCUGAUCAGCUCCAUCAGCUCAAAGAAGAUCUUGAGUAUAUACGAUUUUUUCCAAAAACCGAGAAGUACAUAUCUCUAUACAUGGGCAUGGAUGAUCCGGACGUCAAAGCGAAGCGUAACGAGCUUCGUGAAAGGAUAAAAGCCAAUCUGCUUGCUGCAGCAGCUGCUGGACAUGAACUGGAAGAAACAGGCAGUGAGGAUGACGUUGGAGACAUGAGUGAAGACGAUUUUUUCAUGGCAGGUUCAUCCAGUGACGAUGCUGAUGCGGAUGAUGAAUGGACAGAUAAGAGUCCCAGGGCCCGUGAAGAGAAAGAUGAUACGUUGAAAGCAUUGGCUCUAAGUGCUCCUCAACUGCCUUUAGCCCCGCUGCCAGCGAUUGCGGAGUCAGUUUCACAUAAAAUGCCUGACAGGGCUUUUAAACCAAAUAAACAGGCUGUGAAGGACCAGAAACAGAAAUUUGCGAAGACGCUGAUGCCACCUCCACCUAUGUACUCUAAAUUUUCAUCUUCAAAGAGCACAUACAAUGCUGACAAGAACAACAAAUACAACCGGCCAUCCAGUUCUUCGGGGGCAGGCAACAGCACUUACAAUGCCGGUAAGAAGAAACAAAAUAUCCAGCCCCCUGCUUUGUCAGAAAAAGCUUUGUCAGAAACAGCUAGCAAGAUAUACCAUAUGGGCAUGAAGAAGAAGAACCCUCGUACGCCCGCUUUGCCAGCCACAGCCAAGAAGGCACGGCAUCAGACCAAUUCCAGUGCUACUGAUGACCAUGGCAAUGCUCGGGCUGGGCCUUCAAGAAGUGGCCCUUCAAGCAGCACAACAAGCUAUGAGAUGGCCAAGAGCUCGGUGUCUGAUGGUCCCGUAGAGCCACACAAACCGAAGAGGAAGAGGAGACCGAAGAAGAAGUAGCUGUGUCCUCUCUUCUGACUAAGCCAAUGUGCUGGAUAGUUAGAGCUGUCGAUGUGCCCAUCACAGGGUUUAAUUGCUUGGUCAAGCUUUACGAAGUGAAAUUACCCCUUCGGUUACUAAUCAUACCGAACGUCUUUAUGUUAUUGGGUAUACCCAAGUAGAGCUUAUGUGGGAAUGACAUGGUUUACUCCAGUAUUUGCCCCACCAACGUGUAGGAUACCAUCGUACUUGAAAUCAAAUGCAGUAUUUUGAGAUCCCUUCUAGCAAACCAGUCUAUGCGACACUGUCAAUCCAAGAUUAUCUACGUUGCCCACUUUUGUGGGUAAAUUACCACUACCUGUAGUAGAAAUGCACGAAGAUUAGGGCAUCUGAAGGAUAACAAACUUAUUCCUUCUGUUGCCUUGAGGCCUUGAAUCCUCACGAUGACGUAACGCCAGCCUUAGGUUGGAUGACUUUGAGAAUGAUUCUUUGUAACAAUUUGUAUUUAUUGAUACCAUCACCCACUUCUCUAGGUC